AUGAUUGGUCAAGAUCCACAGCCAAUCAGUUCUGAAGAUUCUGUCAAGAAAUUUGAGACAAGGAUGACACCGAACCAUCUCUUCCAACUCAUCACUGAAAUCAAUAAACCAACAGAUCUUAAGGAAGAGCCAGAUGCGACCGGUGCAAGACAAGUCCCAUUGAAUGGGAACAAUGUACUAGAUAUCAAACAGGAAGAUGUUGUUGCUGUACUUGAUCUUCCUCAUGGACCCAAACCAGUGGAAGAAUUCAAACAGAAUGAUCCCUCUAUAACGGACCACGCUGAGAUGGUGGAUGCAUUCAAGAAAAGAAUGGGAUACAGUAAUAAAUUCCUGCCAACGAGAUCCACGGCGGCACAAUUAAUUGCUGGUCGAAAAGAUUUUGGUGAUGACUUCAAACGAGAUUUCGUUGUCUUCGUUGUGAGCACAUCCUUACAUGGAAACACCACUUCCAGGAUCACAAUGAACAUCCUAAAGUCCCUCGUGAACAUCAAUGAAGUGACGCAAUACAAUUGGUGUCAAUAUGUGAUUGAUGCACUGGUGAAAGGAUGCAAAAGUCACCACGAUGGGAAACCAUUCACCGGACCAAUCACUUUUUUCCUGUUGUGCUACCUUGACAAGUGUGAGUAUGAGAGAGCACAUCCGAGGUCAUUCCCUGUGAUCAAAUCUUGGGAUCAAAAGAUGCUGGACGACAGAAUAAGACUUCAGGGAAGCAAUUUCACAGAUAUCCAGACACUUGAACAUCUCAAGAAACCGUCCUCAGCAGCAUCCCGAGAUGAACAACCAGAGGCUGAAUCACAGGAGGAUACACAGGGAAACCCUAACACACAGCAAGUCUAUGACCUUGCUGCUCUUUAUGAAAAAUUCUACCAAUUGAUUAUCACGAUGAGCAAAACUGUUUUAGACAUUCGUGAGAAAGAAAUGGAGUUAAAAAUCGAACCAGGUGAACAAGCAAUGCAAACAAUCAAGAUCCUAACAGAUGCAAUGGUGUCGAUGAGUAGAAAGAUGCCUCCAUCUUCAGAACAGCUGCAACGACAAGUAGCUGACCAACAACAACAACAACAACAACAUCAACAAACUGAUGACAACACUGUACAAGCUCCAAUUAAUCCCACAAAUUUUCAAGACAUUGAAAUUGACAAAACACAGGGACUGGAGCAAUUGAGCCAGACAAAUGAUGAGGCUUCUCUUGUAGUGGGGAAAUCCGUGCCUACUUCAAAAGAAGUGGUGGUUGAUGAACAACAAACUCAACCACAAGGGGCACAGGGACUGGAUCAAUUGAGCCAAACAAAUGAUGAGAAUUCUCUUCCAGUGGGGAAAUCCGUGCCUACUUCAAAAGAAGUGGUGGUUGAUGAACAACAAACUCAACCACAAGACAAUUACGAUACAACCCAGGAGAAGAACACUCAGGAAGAUAUCACAGGAAGUGUUGAUUUGGAUAAAGAUGUUAAUGAGACUAUAGAAGCAGAAGAAUAUCCAGUACCAUCUGCACUCGACGAAACAAAGAAUCCCACUCCUUCCAUCGAUGAAAUCAUAAGAAGGGCCAGUGCACCAGCUUUAGAAUCAUUAAGUGAUACCAAAAAACUAGAGAUGAUUGCGGCUGUUGCAGAACAAGUUGAGAAAAACCCAAAGGUGGUUGAAGCAGUCCCUUUAAGCAUAAUUCCACGCGAUUGGAAUAUUACUUCUACCACGGGUGGUCUACUCAUGCUGGACAAAAAUGAGUGUACCAUGCCACCGCCUGCAAUCUCAAAGAAAGCUGAUGUACUUGAUGAAAGGUUAACAAAGACAGUGGAAAAGAAUUUCUUGUUUGAAUUUGGAAAAAUCGUUUGGGCAGACAAGAUAGCAUUCUAUUCCAUGGGGGAAGGGACAUGGAUAGAAAACAACAUCAUAGAUGCUUGGGCUGUCAUCCUAAACAAAGAAGAAGCUAAGAGUGACUCCCCAAGAUGGAUAUUCUUUGGUGUUUCCUCAUUUAGUUCAACUGGUUAUCCAAGCCUUCUAUGUGGUGGCUUGUCCAUGAUUCAUUUGCUGGUUAUCCAUUUGUUCUGUACUACUUAUUCACAAGAUCUGAACUGGUUAACCAUUUCUUCUUGUUUGUCAUCUAGGGUACUUUUGGUUGACCUUGAUACAAUCAAUCGAUACUACCAAUCAGGCAGUAACAAAGAGGAAAUCGAGUUUACAUUCUAUGAGAGGUUGGCUCUUGAACUAGAAGAACAAGGCCUCAGUGUAGCAUCCCUGAUAGCGGCAAAAGCUAUCUACUUCCCAGUAUACUACCGAGACCAUUACUUCUUGUAUGUGUUGCUAGUUGAAGAAAAGAAAGUGAUUGCAUUCAACAAUCUUCACGCAAAAGAUCUGGACUACUACAAGCCAACAAAAGAUAUACUUUUUCGGUUCUUCCAAAUGUUCCUUCAAUGCGUGUUUCCACACAUAGAACUGGUCACUGCUCAGUACACCUUGACAGAGGUUACGCUACCAUCACACAAGGACAAAAUGCCGAAUACGGAAGAUUGUGGAAUAUACACAAUGCACCACAUAGAGUGGUAUGAUGGUGGUGAGUACGAGGACGGUACUGUUUUGGAUUUCAACACAGGAAACAUCAAAGAGUACCGGUGGAAAUACAUGUUAAAAAUCCUUAUGCACCCAUCCAACAAAAAUAAGGACAAAAUCCUCGAAGCAAUGCACCAGUUCUAUACAAAUACUGCUGAAGAAGAACAAAAAGAAAUUUCAGAUCAUGUUGAUUUGAGCAGCAAAUCUUACUACAAUGACAGAAAAAUUCAGGGAUGGGUUAAAUGA